AAAGAUCAGCGCAUAAGGCAGAAUUCUUCUAGUUUCAAGAGAUCGUAUGUAAUGACUGGUACCUCAUCUCGAAUGCAAGGUAUCAUCUCGGAUAAUUUCGUCUUUAGUUUAUUUGUAUAAUGAUUAAUAGGAACAAAAAUUACCUUUGUUUUUCCUUUAUAUUCUAUUCGAAUAAUGAAUGUGUAUCGUAAAGUACAAACAACUAAUAAAAUAUUAAUUAUACAACGUCAACAAAUAGCUACUCGCUUUUAUAUGAUUUUUUUUCCUCGUAGUAUUUCUAACUAUAAUAAUUUUUACUGGAUUAAAUUCACAAAUACAAUCGAUGAAGAUAUUAACUCCAACAGAAUUAAUAUUUGAACAAUUACAAACUCAAUAUUCAUCAACAUUAUCAUGUCUAUCAUGUUCACGAAUAGCAAUUCAAUAUUCAAAAUUUCUUUCUAUCAAACCAAUUGCUUAUCAUCAAGUAUGUUCAAGUUAUUUUAUCUCAUCGAAUUUUAUUGAAUUAUUAUGGGAUACCGAAUUCCCUUGA